GUAGCGUUCGCGGUUCUCUCCGGCGGGCGGAAGCGGCGUCGGCGGGCGCUGUCAUGGAGGAGCUGAGUGCGGCGCUGGCGGCCGGCGUGGCCCUGGCAGCGCCCAACAGCCCCGCGGCCCCGCACCCCCGCCUGGCUGCCUACAAGCCCCGAGGCGGCCCGGGGCAGGCCGAGCGCCGGCAGCGCCUCCUCCGCCUCCAGAGAGAGAGGCGGCUGGACUACGUGAACCAUGCCAGAAGGCUGGCGGAGGAUGACUGGGCAGGGGUGGAGAGCACGGACGAGGAGGAAGAUGCAGAGGAAGAGGAGAUGGAUGUGGAUGCUGGCAAGAAGCUGCCCAAGCGCUACGCCAACCAGCUGAUGCUGUCUGAAUGGCUGGUUGAUGUGCCCUUGGAUCUGGAGCAGGAAUGGGUUGUGGUGGUGUGUCCCGUUGGGAAAAGAGCACUGGUCGUGGCAUCCAGGGGCACAACAGCGGCUUACACCAAGAGUGGCUACUGCGUCAACAGAUUCCCAUCCCUGCUGCCGGGGGGGAACCGGCACAAUUCAGUGAGCGAGAAAGUGUACUCCAUCUUGGACUGCAUCUACAACGAGGUGAAGCAGACAUACUAUAUCCUCGAUGUGAUGUGCUGGAGAGGACACCCUGUGUAUGACUGCCAGACCGACUUCAGAUUCUUCUGGCUUUUCUCUAAGAUCCAAGAGGAGGAAGGGCUGGGAGAGAAAAGCAGGAUUAAUCCGUUCAAGUUUGUGGGCCUGCAGAACUUCCCCUGCACCUCAGAGAGCCUCUGUAAGGUGCUGGCCAUGGACUUCCCCUUCGAGGUUGAUGGGCUUCUCUUCUACCACAAGCAAACCCACUACACCCCCGGCAGCACCCCGCUGGUGGGUUGGCUCCGGCCCUACAUGGUACCCGAGAUCCUCGGCCUCGCCGUGCCUGCUACCGCGCUCACUGCCAAACCAGACUACGCUGGGCGUCAGCUCCAGCAGAUCAUUGAGAGCAAGAAGAGUAAAAAGCUGGCAGCGGGAAAUGAUGCCCUGAGCAGCACAGUGGCUGCGAGGAAUGGACAUUAUGAGCUGGAACACUUGUCUACCCCUCAGCCAGCAAAUUCUCCUAAGGGCCAGGAUGAAGCAGUGAGCCAGAUGGAGAAUUAGGCUGCUGGGAUGGACCAGUUGGGUAUGGAAGAAGCAAAUGGUUCCACAUCUCCCACUGUUGCUCAGGCUCCCUGAAAGGGAGGCAAAGGUAAUGAUAGGAAGUUUUGUUCAAAGGGCAGGAAAGUGGAAUGUCUUGCUCGAAGUGCCACUGUAUUAUUAUUAUUUUUAUUUUGCCAAGGCUUCUGUGAAGCCGUAACAGGAUUCUCUAGUUCUUUGCCGAGGCUAUCAUGCAUUGGGAAAUGAAAUUAUCUGUCCCAUGCUGCAGGGUUCCCAGUUCAACUCCUGACCCAACUUCUGUUAAAGCCUCUGGCACAGCUCCAGCAUAGGAAUAGUGCUCAGACUUCUGAGGUGCAGCCGCUCCUCGGAACUCGGGAAAGCGAGGCAUUCCAGCCUUUGAUCCCACUGUUUACAGAGACCUAAUCAAGGAAAGCAUUGUGGUCAGUCUGCUUCUAGUAACAAGUUCACAGCAGACUGCUGUGAAUCCAAAGGCUGGGCUUUCCACAUUCGCAUCUUAUUGAGAGGAAUUGAAUUGCCGUGCAGCUUUGUGCGGCGUGAGUGCAGCCGAAGCCUGCGCUCUGGCUUUUCUCAGUAGGGGGAGGAAGGCAUAGUUUCGUUCAGAAAAACACUUGCAUUGAUUGUGCCAAAUAAAAUGUUCCUCAGAAAAGCAAAUUCUUGAGUGUCUUCCUGCUACCUAAGGGUGGGUGCGUGCUGUGCCUCCCAAACAGGGAUUGGAAAAUCGGAUAUGGCGCUCACUGGAGCGGAGGAAGUGCUUGUGUAGGUUUUCUCCUUUGCACGCUGAGGUGCUUUGAUCCCUCCGUGCCGCUCUUAUCCCAUCCCAAGCCCACUUUGAGAGCCCCGGCUGCUGUCUUUCCGUGGUUUUAGCAGGGAUGAAAGGAUUGUACACACCAUCCCAAGGUUGUUUUCCAAAGGGAGAUAAAGAGCCCAGAGCAGGACCACUCUCACUGUGGAGUUGGGAGAUGGAAUCAGUCUAAUGCUGGGGCGUGUGCUCUCAGCCAUCUAUGAAAAUGCACAGGAGAAGGGCCUGUAUCCAGGAGGAGACACCAAGGACAGGAAUGCUGCCUGCUAAUACUGGGGACACUUGAAUCCUGCCCUCACGCCCCCCAUUUUUCCCAGAAAACCACUCAUUUCUGUGCCAAGCAUGCAGGCUGCGUGCAAUCAUCUGACCGUGCAGCCGCUAUUGAUUAUACCAGCGGGCAGCAGGAACUGCAGCCGGAGCUGCCAGUGGGAGGGGAGGAAGGAGAACCCCUGCAUUCAGAUGCGGCCGAGCGU